AUGGAGCAGCAGGAGCUGCAGCAGCAGCAGCCAAAGAUAAAACUGGCGAAUGCUCUGCUAAAGAACUCAAAAAACCCCAAACUCGCAUGGCAACUCUUCAAACGGACCUCUCUCUCAACCCCCAACCUCUUCUUCCAAUCUCUCCCCAUCAUCACCCGCAUUCUCCUUCGCUUCAGUAUGUUCGCCGAGAUCGACAGUCUUCACCAUUUCCUUCUUUCCCAACCACCCGUAAAGAAUUCUUCUCUAUACACCGUCGUUAGGAUCCUGGCCGAGUCAGGCCAUGUUGACAAGGCCUUGUCUCAGUUUCAAACUCUCCGAGCCCAGUUCCCUGAUCGUCCUCCUUUGGUUUCGCUGUACAAUUUGCUUAUUCAGUCUUCGCUGAAAGGAGAUUGUCGGCAAAACUUCGUUUCUUGGUUGUAUAAAGACAUGAUUUUUGCUGGGAUUUUGCCAGAAACGUAUACUUUUAACCUGUUGAUUGGUGGGCUGUGUGAUUCGGGUCGAUUGGAAGAUGCUCAGAAACUAUUUGAUAAAAUGCGUGAAAAAGGAUGUGAACCUAAUGAGUUCAGUUUUGGGAUUUUGGUCCGUGGGUAUUGUAGAGUCGGACUUGCUUCUAAUGGAUUGGAGCUUUUGGAUUUGAUGAAGGAAAUGGAUGUGUUCCCAAAUUUGGUUAUUUAUAACACUUUGAUUGCGAGCUUUUGUAAAGAAGGUAAGACUGAGGAGGCAGAGAAAUUGGUGGAGCAGAUGAGGGAGGAUGGGCUUGUUCCGGAUGUUGUUACAUUUAACUCUAGGAUUUCAGCACUUUGCAAGUCGGGUAACAUGUUGGAGGCUUCCAGGAUUUUUAGGGACAUGCAGAUGAAUGAAGAGUUGGGCUUACCUAAACUUAAUACGAUUACAUUUAACUUGAUGUUAGAGGGGUUUUGCAAUGAAGGCAUGUUGGAUGAAGCGAAGACCCUGGUUCAGUCCAUGAAGCAAAAUGAUGUUUUCCCGAAUGUUGAGAGCUAUAACAUAUGGCUGUAUGGUUUGGUAAGGAAUAAGAAGGUCUUUGAUGCUCAGUUAGUUCUUAAAGAUAUGGUGGAUCAGGGUGUAGAACCAAGUACAUACUCAUACAACAUUGUGAUGAAUGGCCUGUGCAAGAAUGGGAUGCUCGGUGAUGCAAGGAUGUUGAUGGGAUUGAUGACAAGUGGUGGGAUCUCUCCAGAUACGGUCACUUAUAGUACUCUACUCCAUGGAUACUGCUGCAAAGGAAAGGUAGUAGAGGCAAACAGGGUUUUACAUGAGAUGAUGAAGAAUGGAUACACUCCAAAUAAUUAUACAUGCAACAUUUUGCUGCACAGCCUCUGGAAAGAAGGGAAAAUUUCAGAAGCAGAGAAGCUACUGCAAAAGAUGAAUGAAGGUGGCUGUGAUUUGGACAUUGUGAGUUGCAAUAUUGUGAUUGAUGGUCUUUGCAGAACUGGAAGGGUGGACAAAGCAGUUGAAAUUGUGAGUGAAAUGUGGACUCAUGGAAGUGCUGCUCUUGGUAAUAUUGGGAAUUCCUUCAUUGGCCUGGUGGAUGAGGGAAACAACGGAAAGAAAUGCAUGCCUGACUUAAUUACAUAUUCAACCAUCAUUAGCGGCUUGUGCAAUGAUGGAAGGCUUGAUGAAGCCAAAAAGAAGUUUGUUGAGAUGAUGAAGAAAAACUUAUACCCUGAUUCAGUUGUAUAUAAUACUUUUCUCUACAAUUUGUGUAAAAAGGGUAAGGUAUCAUCUGCAUUUCAGGUUUUGAAGGACAUGGAGAAAAAGGGUUGCAACAAGAACUUAAAUACAUACAACUCUUUGAUUCUAGGGCUGCGGAGCAAGAGUCAAAUAUUUGAAAUGUCUGGACUGAUGGAUGAGAUGAGAGAAAGAGGCAUUUCUCCCAAUGUUUUUACAUACAAUACUGUAAUAAGCUGUCUUUGUGAAGCAGGAAGAACAGAAGAAGCUAUUUCUCUUUUAGAGGAAAUGUUACAGAAGGGUACAACCACCCCAAAUACUGAUUCAUUCGAGUUUUUAAUUAAAGCAUUUUGUAGGGCGGGUGAAUUCAGGCCUGCACUAGAUGUAUUUGAUAUUGCUCUUGAUAUAUGUGGCCAUAAGGAAGCACUUUAUGCUAUAAUAUUCAAUGAGAUGCUAACCGGGGGGGAAACAUUGGAAGCAAAGGUAAUAUUUGAAGCUGCAAUGAACAGAUAUCUUUGCCUAGGCAGCUUCCUGUACACUGAUCUGAUUGAUAGGUUGUGCAAAGAUGAAAAGUUUGAAGAAGCUCAUGAGGUUCUCAACAAAAUGAUUUCUAAAGGGUAUGGGUUUGAUCCUGCAUCAUUUAUGCCAGUGAUUGAUGCAUUGACUAAAAGAGGAAGGAAGCACGAGGCUGAUGAACUAUCAGAGAGAAUGCUAAAUAUGGCUGCACAAGGUAGGGUGGUAAACAAGGUUUACUUUAGCCAAGUUGAUAGGGCGUCAAGUCGGGGGAAACUAGGGAAACUAGAUCGAUCUCUUGGAAGCCAUUGGCAGACAAUCUUGCACAGAGAAGAUGGAAGUUCAACAGCUUUGAAAACUUUGAAGCGGGUGCAAAAGGGAUGGGGUCAAGGAAGUGUAUCAAGUCUACAAGUCAAAAGAAGUGACUAUCUUGAUGAAUGGGAUGCUGCUGGAUAAAAUUAUAUGUUUUUGUCACAUAUACAUAUGCAGGAUAAUUUCUCAUGUUGUUCGGACUGAGGGUCAAGACUUAGGAACAAGUUCAAAUAUAAACAGCCACUCAUUCAAAGGAAAGAUGUGAAACAUAAUUAAGAGGUCUACAGCCAAAUGCAAGAAGCAGCCACUAAACAGUCAAGAGAACUCAACAUUACAAUCAACAGUUAAUACAGUAUAUGCAGCAAAGAGUUCUCUAAUGAAGUAAAGCUUGAAGAUGUCAUCUGCUGUUAAACCAUUAUCCUGACAUGGUGUUAGUCAACAUGCUACAUGUAAGGGGGUCUGAAAACUUGCUAUCCAUGUAGUGACAGGUAAAAUAUGCUGAUGCAGUUGGUAAAGGGGACUGAAAGCUUGGUAUCCAUUUAAUGACACUUGCAGGAACAAAUAAGAUCACAAAAUCUGAAGUUAUGCAAUAAUGCUGAUGGAUCAUGGCAAAAAGCAGUUACUUACCUUGAGGGAGAAAAAUGACUCAUGACUCGUGUAUACUAGUGAAUGUGUUAUUGUCUAUUUAGAUGGAAGCCUAAAAGAGCUUCCUGGAAAACAAGACCUAUAUUCAUGAUAAAUUCUCUGCAGAAAAAGUUCUGUAUUAGCCUUCUGAUCUGCAUAAGCAGUUGUAAUAUGUUAUCCUUACAAGUCUUGUCAUGUCAAAUUUCAGGCCUAGUUUCUUA